GGUUUAGUUUAGUAUCCGUCCAUACUCCGGGUAGUGAACAGUAUACAGGGUAUCCGUCCCGUCUUCUAAAAUACAGUAUUAAGUACACACGCCGGUUUAGUUAUACUCUCCACGGUGUAACAGCGCGCAGGAGGAUUGGAGAGAAGUGAGAUUACAAGUGAAUUGUGUAAAACGUGAUUUAUUUUUAAGGAUGACCUUAACUUCAGUCAGAGAAAUGUAAGGCAAGGUAGACAGCUGUGUUUGUUUGACGGACUGCAGUUUUCACUGCGGAAAUGAGUUUUGCAGUUGGAAAUAUCGAUCCUGUUCUAGAGUACAGUACUUUUCUGAAAAUACAAUGAAUUUGAAAAGUGAAAAUAUGAUAAGGCGUGAAGAUUAGAAACAUGAGUGACAUCAACGCGGUUUUAUCGUCAGCACGAUGGGCCGAGGAUUCCUAUUAUCUCAAGGAGUUUGUUCACAAGUUCAAACUUCCACAAUUGGCAAAGGUUGUGAAAGGACAGUAUUUAAGCCUAGGCGUGUCUACCCUAUCCAGCCCCUCCCUACAGUCUACAGUUCUCCUCUGCCACGCCCCUCCACGUUCCGCCCUAGUGGCUCAAUCAGUCAAAUUCAAGGAUGGAAAAAGAGUAGUUGGUGUGGGACCUAAGCUUGCCAUUCCACAAACUUAUGAGGGAUUUUUCGAGAUUCUUAGUGAGGAUGGUCGAAGUGUAAGAUGUAUCGAGGGGGUGGCUGAGCUCGCCAGAAGGUUCCCAGAAAGUGUGCUAGUCAGGGAUAGUAUGAAGGCAUUUGUAUCAAGAAACGACGACAUUGAGACAAUUCACGACAAGUCAAGAAUUAUUCAAGCUGGAGAAGUUCUAAUUUUAGUCGGAGAAGUUCUUGGAGUCAAGGGGAAAAAUCAAACCAGAUACCUCAGAUGUAUAGACAGUGAAGGGGAAAAUAUUUACCUGGGUUUAGAAAUGAAAGGACGAUUUAGUGCUCUAGCCAAGGAAGAAAAUAUCUCCGGAGUUCACAACAUUAAAAACCUGAUGAAAAAAAGACUUCCGCUGAUGGUGCGCAUAGCACACGGCGCAGUGCCGGUCGGUCUCAGAUCGCCACAGAUGUUCCUUCCUGAGUUGCGGAUUUUGGGAAAGGUAGAAGAUGGGGGCAUCAUGGCCUUGCCCUUGAGUAAAGACAGUAACAUAGUCUAUCUUCCUUUACCUUCAAUCAUCAAGCUUCAACCAGUUUUAAACAGUCAAUAUAUUUCAGGCAUGUCGGAGGUCAAACGAUUGGAGGAUAAAGUGAGGACACAGUUGGAGGCUCAAUGGGACAGCAUUGUAGUGUAUGAUAUACCAUUACCAAAAGAUAUUCAGAAAACCCCUGGAAGAAAAUCUUCUUUACCUCAUAAUCUUAUACCAUCUUCUAUAUUACAUAGAUAUUUAGACCUAUCAAGAGGGGGGGGGGAUAUCAAACGUAGCAGUGUUUAUGGCAUUAUGACAAGUAGAUCAGAUAGUGGUCGGCCAGAUGAUUAUGAUGAAAUCGAUCAAAUUUACGAUUAUGUUCGCGGAUUUGCACCUCUCCCCAAAUCUGCGAAAGGAUGGCAUUUUAUCGGCGAGGCAGUGGAGGACCGAAAGGAAAGAUCUGACGAGCGAAAGGAAAGAAAAAUAUCAAAUUCAGAUUUUUUACAGAACACUGUUCCUGUUAGAGAUACAGAGAGUACUCCCCCUGAACCCCCUCCUAUUGAAACUAUCCCAUCCAGAAGAUUAUCCGCAGCCCUAGACCUAACUCCGACCCCCCCAACCCCUAAUAGCACCACAUGGAGUUCACCAGUCACUAGUCCAAACGCACUCUUAAAUGGUGCGGUCAACGCUCCAAUCAUCAUGAACCUAGAACGCCCCCAAUCUACAGAUCCACGGUUAUUCAUCAAAUCGGCGGAAAGUAAAAAAAGAGUUCGGCCGAAAACCGCCGAUAUUUCGAAUUUAAAGGAGGACAAGACUAAAUCUGUUUAUCCCCCAGCUAGAUAUAUUAAAUCUGCGAACAAGCAGAGCAGCGGGAAACAUAAAUUCUUCAAGGUUCGGAGCAAAGAUCCCCCGCCUCCGAUGGGAACCUCUGUUCAGGCUAAAGAGGUUAAAUCCAACCUCCAACCCUCGUUUUUCAACCUCCGGUACAAGAGCCUAAAUAAUCUUUCCCAACAGGAAUACGAUACUUUGGACUCCUCCAACUCUGGAGGAAAAACUUCAUUUGACUCUGCAGGAUCUAGAAACAUCCCGGAGAAAAGGAGCAGGAAACUUACCCGUCCCAGGUCACUGACAAAUCUAGUUUGGGACUUUAGAGUACAACAUACUAUGCUUAGUAGAAGCAAUAGUAAACCAAGUUUACUGGUUCCUGAUAAGGGUCGGCAGGAAAGUAAAGGUUGGCAAGAUGGAAAAGUUCGAAGAGGUAGAGAGCCCUCUCCUGGAGCGAUUAGAAGAAUUGGAGGGAGCAGUAUGACAUCAACACUAUAUUUGUAGAACAAGAGCUUAUAUGUACUUACUAGAUGAGAUGCAGGAGACGAGGGAACAGAGAUUUGAAAUAUGUUAUAUAUUUCUCCUGCUC